UUUGAGCUCGGCUGACGCAUUCACUCACGUCCGGCGCCGUACCGUGCUUUGACUCUCAGUGGCAGUUACGUCUCCGUGACGUGAAGUUGUAUACCAUCGCCACUGAUAUAUUUUUCUAUAUAGUUUUUCGAGGGCGUUGGACGAGUGCUGUGUCUGUUAGCAAAAUGAACGAUGAACGACUUAUCGUAUUGGUUCGGAAUCAUCCUGUUCUAUAUGACCUGUCAGAGCCAAAGUAUAUGGACAGCGGUCUCAAACAACGUAUUUGGAAAAAUAUAGGGCAAGAAUUGAAAGUAGAUAGUACAUUAUGUAAAGGAAGAUGGAACAAUAUAAGGGACAAUUACAGAAAAUCUCUGAAGAAGACUUCCGCCAAGAGAGGGCAGAGUGCAAAGAAGAAAAUCUAUAAGUAUUCGGAGCAGUUAAGCUUCUUAAAGAAAUAUAUUUACGAGAGGAAACCUAAAGGGUACAUUGCCAGUCAACAGGAUGAAGAGAGCGAUCAAGAUGAUGAUGCACAACAGCUUGAAAAAGAUGAGGCGGACGUUGCGUAUGGUGCACAAGGACUCGCAGUAACGGACGUAAGCCUACACGAAGACUUUCGAGCACAGCCUUCGCCCGCACCAAAGCCUACACCCGAAGCUUCAGGAAAAUCAGCAAACAAGAAAGUGGCUCCCCAACAAACAGCUUCUGCAAUAUCUCUGGAGGAGUACUUGAUCAGCAAACAAAAAAAACAAACCCUUUCCACAUCACCACAUCCUGUUGACGCAUUUCUAGCAGGCAUAGCUCCAACGCUGAAGACUUUAACCCCCUAUUACUUGAAUGUUGCAAAAUCUGAAAUAUUUGCCACAGUGCAGAAAUAUGAAUUGCAAAUGCUCACGAAUCAACAUCCACGUGAAGAAAAAAAUGAACCGUCAGCCUCCGUAUCAUCAGCUUAAGACUUCACUCCCCUCGCCUCAUCCAUUUCAGGAAAACACAGUAGCAGCUUUGGAAUAUUAGCAUCAAGUCAUCAGCUUACACGGCAAUUCCAAACAACGUCAUUUCAUUCCAGAUUUUUUUUCUUUUACAUUUUCAGGACUCUUGACUCUUUACAAUGAAAGUAAUGGAAGUACAACAUCGUAGAAAUCACCGACUUGGAGGCACAAUAAAAGAUAAAUUGAAUGUUUCCUUUUAUACUCAAAAUAAUGUCACUAGAAAAAUAGGUCCGAGAUUUGUCGAUCAAGAAAAGCUGUAUGGAUCUGAAUAGAUAAAUAGAGUAACA